AUGGCCAACCGGAACCAAGUCUGGGUAGGGGAAAACCCUUGUUUGAUUUCGGGCACUGUGGAGUCCGCUCGUCGGGAGUCGUUCGGAACGUCGGGUAGAGUACGACGUCGACACUACCUACUAGUACUGCUAGCUAAUUGGAAAGAGGCUCUCAAGAACGACGGACGAGCUUUGUGUGAACCCGACCGUAACGGUCGGGCGUGGCUCUCGUGCCACCCACCCACACGACGCUCUCCCGUGCCUCGCCGAUGCUUGACAGUUACAUCGGUCGAAACGCACGGUUCCCGUCCUUCGCUGUUGCUGCCCCAUCCGUACUCGCAAUCCAAUCCCGUAGUCACCGUCGAUCCGUCAGUCAGUCAGUCAGUCAUUCGUUCACACGGUGUCCCGCCCAAACUUGUCUCGUGUGUCGGUCGGAUCCGCGCCCGAAUGCACUAUCAGCAAGCAAUGCAGACAAUGCUCUCCACCAAAGACAGUAGCGUGAGUCCCACCUCGUCGCAAUGGCUGGAAUUGCAACGGGGUGUGGAUCAAGUCGUCCGGUUCCUCCAUCCACAAUCCCCGGCUUCCAAACCGGCCGCACGAGUGUCCCCGCACGAACUCCGUCGCGCCUUGCGACGCAUCGAUCGACUCUUGACUCGGACUUUGGAACAAGUCUCGUUGAUGGCAUCCGUAUCCACGGUACCACACCAUCCACAUCGGCACGGUGCCGCGUACGCGUACGCUCCGCACGUCGUGCGACUCGUGACUGCGCAACUCUUGAUCAUGGUCCCGGAAGAACGUGACCACGAGGAGGACAAUGCCGGGGCUGCGGAUGAAGGCAACGAAGCGUAUCACGUGUCGUCCCACGACUUGACUCUCCUACUCGACGCACUCCUUCGCACCGUAGCGACGUCCGCGUACACGGAGGACUCGGUCUUGCUCGCCACCAGUCCGUGCGGAUGGUUGGUAGAUCUCGUCAACCACGUGUGGCUAGCGGAGGAAACCGUGCCGGCCGUGGCGGACGACACCCAGUGGCACCGGUGGUUGGAACUCAUGCUCCCUCUCGCUCUCCGUUCCUGGCCUACCGCCAAUGACCCGUCCUGGGAAGCCGUGGUAGGAAUCCAACCCGACGGCCACAACCCACACUCGGAAUCCGCCGCCACCGAAGCCGCCUUUCAGUGGCGUGUCUUGACCGGUCUCGUUCUGGAACAAGUCGUCUGGUCCCACCACACACCACACGUUCCGGGUACGCGCAUCGGAGUGCAUCACAUCCAACGUCACGUCCAAUUAGCCGUCGAAUACGCGUUGGACGUGUUGGACAGUCUGGGUGUUUGGUUGGAUGCCGGUACGGCCGUCACGUCGAAUCACGCACGCGAUCGGCAGCAGGCCGCCGUCGUCGUCCGCGACGGCUUGCGGCACGUCACGUACGCGACCAAUCUACUCCGCACCUGGGAAGCCUACGAACCCGGUACCGAAUGGCCGGAACGCACCGUGUCGAACAAGACCCUGACGUGGGGACCCUUGGUUCAGACCAUGGCCACGAGUUUGGCCCAAUCAUUGAGUCCCGGUCUCGUUGGUGGGUACGCAAACACGGACGACCCGACACUACGGGAAUUGGAGGAAUUGGAAACCUGGAUUGUUCAACAUUUGUUGCGCUUGACGUCGUUUGCCUUGGAGGGAGUGCGGGACCAUGGCCACGUUUUGGAAGAGGAGGUUUGCUUACUGGUCUUCUUGCGUUCCUUGUCACGCCCCGCGUUGCUGUUGUCUUCGGACUUGUGGACGACGCUGACGAGUCGGGUGGACGAUGCGGAAGUCCGUCGGGUACUCCAAACGACCUUGCUCGUCCUGCAGUCCUCCACGAGUUUGACCGAACCUUUCGCCACCGCGAAUAGUACCCACAAUACCAUGGCCGUGGAAACGACGUCGAGCGCCGGACACGGGUUGCAGCACCAAUUGUGGCAGCUUUUGCAAAACGAUAACAAUUAUUCCGCUGCGGGGGCAACCCCCAAGGCAGUCUCGGAUCCGUGGGACACGCUAUUUUUACGGUACCAUACGGACGAUCCGGUCGUCUAG